AUGUUGGUUCGAACACUGACUGACAGAGAGGAUUCCGAGGAAAGCACACAGCUGCUGGACAAGCCCAAGGAGGUUCUUUUAGCAGGGAUCAUGCGUUUUUUGAAGCAUCCGGACAUCAAGUAUGAGCACAUCGUCACCUUACAGGAUGCUGUCACGCCGUUCAAGAUGUCUUACCUCGACGACAUCGAUGCCAGACUUGAAGUUUUGACACACACACUCCAGUACCUAGAUACCGACAUGAGGAAGAACCCGUUGAAAUAUGGUGGUAUAGACCUGAGAGUGGUUAGUAAGCUGACCUGGGCAUUGAUAAUGAUUGCGUCGAUGAACUACGUUCGUGAUCUUCAUGACGAGGCGGAAGAAAGUAUAGGAGAUGAGGAAAAUGAAGAAGAUGCAAACCAUUGGGUAUUAGACUGGAAUGACACUUGCCAUAUCGUCUACUUGGAGGUCAUCCGGAUUUGGGAGUUACUCAAACUCGUUCCAACGAGUUGA